AUGUUGGAAGAAAGUGCUCCUACCAGAAAGCUGGAUCCCCAGGCUUACCCUGCAACCAAUUCCCAGGAGAGGAUUCCCAGUGGGACUCGAAUGUGGAAGAAGGGCUCACCUCAAUCACAUGGUACCAGGAGACCUCCUAAAGGGGUGGCUAAGAAUCAGUGGAUGGUGAAUGUGGUGCUGGUCAGCGAGGCUCAAGGAGAUAUUAAGCUUAAGUUACAGAAACUGGAAGGGUUUGCAGGAAUGAACGCCAACCAAUUGUUAGAAGUUGCAACCAAGGUGUCUGUCAACCAAGACCAGGAUGAUUGGCAGGAGGAAAGCAAGGUAGAGGCCUUCCCCAUCUGCAUGGAAAAGUCAUCUGAGGUGGCCCAGAUCUCCUGUUUUGGAAUUCCUGUUACCAUAGGAUCAGACAAUGGGCCGGCAUUUGUUGAAGAGGUGGUACAGCUAGUGGUCAAAGGACUAAAGGUCGGCAGACGGUCUAGGUGGACGCUCUGUGAGGGCCGCCAACCCGAGAUCCUGGAAGACGUUCCAGAUCCUUCUGGAGGGGAUGGAGUGCCCCAUGGGUAUGAGUCUGUAAGACUCCUGGAGGGACGGUGCGGGUCUCUCCCGCAGUAUGGCAUGAGGCCGUCGUCCCAUUUCUGGAAUGAUCAAGUGGAAGAACCUCAGCUCUCAGCCUGGUUUAAUCCUAAAAAAUGCCCUGAUGUUAUAACAACAACUGACUGGCUCGCUCCAGUCAUAUGGGAAGGAACUUAUGAUAGACAGAUCUUGGAAGCAUAUUAUAAGAAGCUGAAUAUUACCACAGGCCUCGCUGUAUGUGCUUAUGGAAAAUUUAGAGAUCAGUAUCUGAUACAGUUUAUAAAAUCUGCUGAUAAGCACUUUAUGGUUGGCUUCAGAGUUAUCUUUUACAUCCUGAUUGGUGACCUCAUCGAGCUGCGUUAUGUAGAGGUGGGACCUCACCGAACAUUUAAAGUACUCCCUCUGCUGGAUCAUGAAACGUGGCAAGGCACUGAUCUCAGAUGCAUGAAUAGUUUGGAUAUAUACAUUAUAGAUUACAUCCAGCAUAAAGUCAACUUUCUCUUCACCAUGACUAUAAAUAAGAUAUUCAAGUAUGACUUUGGAGUGGAAACCCUGGGCAGGUCUGUAGCUCAACUUCAUGCGUGGUGGUAUUUUAAAAAUACUCAAGAUUUCCCAUAUGAGAGAAGAGCUAGCUCAGCAGCUUUCAUGCCCUUUGAAAAGGGAGAUUUUUAUUACCAUCAUGCCAUUUUAGGCGCGACACCCCAUGAGGUUUUAACCCUCAUUAAACAAUAUCUAAUAGGAAAUACACAUGAUAUCACAAAUGAGCUUACCAGUACAUAUGAAAGCCACCUAAAUAAAUACUUUUUUGUCAAUAAACCCACUCAGCUAUUAUCACCAGAAUAUAAUUGGGACCCAAAUUUUAAAAUUCCCCCACAAAUUAAACAUGUUAAGAUAGUGUGGCUACCAGAAAUGUUUUGA